AUGAAUAGUGGAAUCGUGGAACAAGAGUCUUCACGUUGUGAAUCUGAAAAAUGUAAUGAAGUGAAAUAUAUAAUAAAUCGUGAAACACAUAUUAAUAAGAAAAUUGUUGAUCUUUGUUGUAAGGUAGAAAACAUUUUAAAAAAUUUGGAUACAUCUUGUUCAGAGAACGAUGAACUUGCUCAUAAUAACUGUUGUGAUUAUUUUCUAUAUUGGUUGUAUGGAGAGAUAAUAAAAGGUGAGUAUGAUGCUUUUAGCAUUCAUUGGCUAUACGACAGAAUUCAGACUCUUUUCGAAGAGAAUAAUUCUUGCAGUAAUAAGACGGUUAAAUGCAAUGAAAAUUUCAUGAGAAUCUUUGACAUGGAAAAAUUAAAAAAUAAGAAAACUUUAUUUGAUUUUUUAAGUUAUUCCGACAGUAUAUAUGACAUAUUAACAAGCGGAAACAGUGAAUAUAAAAAGGAAUAUUGUCAGUAUAUAGAUUUUAUUUUUUAUUUAUACUCAAAAAUACACAAAGUAUAUCAUUCAAAAACAAUUAAAGCGUACGAUAAUGAAAUAAAUGGUUUUCUGAAUAAAUUAAAAAGCUAUGAUUAUACUAUUCUUAACAAUAAGUGCAUUGACAGUUCCGAGAUAUCCAUUUUAAGGCAUUUAAAUGCUUUAAUACACACAUUAAAUGUAGAACAAACGGAAUAUCCUAAAAAAAUAAGUGAACCAUUUCAGCAUGGAAAUUUUAUAAACGUAAGUAAUGAUAUACCCAAAAUACUUAAAAAUGUACAUUAUUUUUUAUCAUUAAAAUUAAGUUUAAAAUAUCUUAUAUGA